AUGCGACCGAAUUACGUGCUCACCGGCUUGCUUUGCCUCCCGGCAGCGGCUUUUGCCAACCUUCUAGGACCGUCAUACCCACCUCCUAGGGACUUGUCUAGCAAUCACAGUCGAGUCGCCGCCAGUUGGAAGAACCUAACUUCUCAACUCAACACCGUCCUCGCCGAUAACCAGGCCAACAAAAGCAGUGGAGUCUUUGCGCUGAAGAACCUCACAUUCUCUGCUGGGUUAUUUUCCACGCUUGACCCGAAAGCCAAAGAUCUUCAAUUACAUCACACCGCCAGUGAGGUAGCAAACUCCCCGGUUGGGGUGAAUAAGGUGGAUGGAAACAGCAUUUACAAGGUUGCCAGUGUGUCGAAACUCUUCACAGUCCUUGCUGGACUUAUAGAGCUGAAACCUCGGGACUGGGACCGUCCACUUACCGACAUCUUCCCAUUCUUGGCCGAGCGUGUUCGGAAGCAACAUGACAAGUUCCGGCUUGUCUAUGAUGUCCAAUGGGACAAAGUCACCCUCAAAUCCCUUGCGGGUCAGAUGAGCGGCAUACCCCAUGGUGCUACAGAAGAAUUCCUACAAACCUUUCUUCUAUACAAGUAUCUCGAACACUCUCACAAUCCCGCGUUGACUGAUCCAAACUUCUACGGUCUCCCACCGCUGAACGGGAGUGACAUAUCUUUAUGGCCAUCUUGCUUGGGUGAACAGACCCAGGGCUGCAAUCCAGUCUCCUGGGAUGUGGCAUACGCCCCAAGGCCCCCAGUUUACCUUCCCUGGACGAGCCCCGAGUAUGCAAAUGGCGGCUAUAUCUUCCUCGGUCUCGCGAUUUCAAAUCUCACGGGAAAGACCAUGGACGAAUGGUAUAGUGAAUCGAUCUUCGAACCUCUGGGAUUGAAGUCCACUUACUCGUCAACCCCUGGCAACUCCACCCGCCCUCAUUCCGUCACAUCGGAGGCUCUUGAUGAGCAGUUCAUCCCUGAUGGAGGCGCUACAACCCCCUCUGGUGGAUUAUUCUCUACAAUCAAUGAUCUUUCCAAGCUUGGUGUAGCCCUCUUGAAUUCCACCCUCCUUCCCUCCGAAAAGACACGGGAAUGGAUGAAGCCAAUCACUCACACCUCAAGUUUACGCUACUCGGUCGGCUCACCAUGGGAGAUCCAUCGAUACGUCCACGCGGGAUCAGGCGUGGUCACUGACCUAUACACGAAACUCGGAGACUCAGGAUACUACGGUGGCAUCGUGGUCGUGAUACCGGACUUCGACGCCGGCUUCACUCUCCUCUCAGCCAGCACGCAAUCCAGCCGCAGCAGCGAGGCGCUCUUGGCGAUCGACCUUAUUGUCGAUGCUAUACUCCCGGCGCUUAUGGAGCAAGCCGCAGCAGAGGCAGUGCAGAAGUUCGCCGGCACAUACAAAGCCGAAGACCUGAAUUCGUCAUUGACACUCGCUGUUGUGCCACCUACCCAGCCCGCGCCUGGUUUGAAUAUCACUUCGUGGAUUAGCAAUGGGACAGAUAUCACGGCUCUAGUGUCUACACUCCUUGGUGGUGUCGGGUCACGACUUGUGCCGUCUAUUAUCUCCGAACAGGCCAGUGGGGAAAUCGCUUUCCGGGGAUAUACUGCAACUCAGGGUCGGAAUCCCGGAGUUGGUUCCUCUUCAAGUCUUUUCUCUUCGUUCUACGAUCUCAACGACUGGACUAUGCUGGACCAGUUGACCUGGGGUGGUAUUACUACCUCGCUUUUCGUUUUUGACGUCGAGCAAAAUGGAACUGUCAAGUCGGUGACACCAGGUGCCUACAGAGUGAAGAUGACAAAGAAGUGA